GAGACAACUGUUCCCAGUGCCACAUCCACGCAUCCUGUGUGGAGACCAACAGUUCUGUGACCUGCAUCUGCCUAGAUGGCUUCACUGGGGACGGCCUCAUCUGCUCAGAUGUGGAUGAAUGUGCCUUGCAGGGGGUCCACAACUGCCCAAACAGUAACUGUGUGAACACCGAGGGCUCCUACCACUGCAGCUGCCCCAGCGGCUUCUGGCUGACUCCGGAGAAUGACUGCGAAGACAUAGACGAGUGCAGCGACCCUAACCUGGGUUGCCAUCCCCUGGCCAGCUGCACUAACUCUCCUGGCAACUACUCCUGUGAAUGUCUUCCUGGCUACACUGGGGAUGGACAUCACUGUCAGUGCUUCCCUGGCUCCUGUGGUCCUGGAUUGGACUGCAUUGCCAACUCUGACGGGACCCAGAUGUGUAUGGAUCCGUGCCAGAAAUACACCCUGCUGGAUGAGUACUGGAGGAGCACGAGCUACAGGGCAGGCUAUUAUUGCGACGCAGUCAUCCCAGGUUGGUAUCGCUUCGUGGGAAGGGGAGGAGUGCGCAUGCCAGAGACGUGCGUCCCAAUUCAUAGGUGCAACACCGCGGCUCCCAUGUGGCUCAAUGGCAGCCACCCGUCCAGCGACGAGGGCAUCGUGGAUGGGACGGCCUGUGCCCACUGGAGUGGCGACUGCUGCCUCUGGCAGUCUAAGGUGCAGGUGAAGGCUUGCGUCGGUGGAUACUACGUCUACAAUCUGACCACCCCGCCUGAAUGCAACUUGGCCUACUGUACAG